UUGGACCAGAAUUAAUGCUGAUAAACUAGAAACAAACAAUUUGCCAUUUCUCAAUAACUCAGUCUCUUGCCAUAAUAUUGCUAGCAAUAUUUAACAACCGACCUUGCUUUUUUAGGUUGUGUUUUUCAUCCUUGUAUUUGUAUAUCAAGUUUAACAUCUCUGAGACUAGCAGCAAACUACAGAUAUUGGCAUAUCUUGUUGAUAGCACCAUGGACAGUUCCAAGUCAGUGAUGGAGGAUGACUUUGAAUCGACAACCUUGUAUUCAGCUCCAUCAUUUGCAAUAUACAACAACCCUGACGGAGAUGAUGGCAUCACCCCAGAAGAUAUUUUGAAGAAAACUGUUUUGUUUGGACAGAGUUUGGAAGUCACGGGCAGUGGUGAGUUCAGUUUUGAGAACAAGAGGAUGGAUUUGAUUGAGGAAGCUGAGAAUGAGAAUGAUUGGUCCAAUGGGAUUCAGAAUUUGAGUAUUGAAGAGGAAGAUGUUGAACCAGCUAGUCCUCCCAUGUAUCUGGCAACGGGGCUUGGGGUUGAUGCUGACAUAGGAUUUGAUAAACUUAUGGAUGAUGAUAUAUUUAAUCCCAACUUGCAAGAAAGUGAGGAUCUUGAAGGGUAUUACAAGAGGAUGAUUGAUGAGUAUCCCUGCCACCCUUUGCUUCUUAAAAAGUAUGCGCAGUUUUUACAAUCUAAUGGAGACCUUCAAGGGGCUGAAGAAUACUUUCUUCGAGCUACCAUGGCAGAUCCUAAUGACAGUGAAACCUUGACACAGUAUGCGAAGCUAGUGUGGGAGAAUCAUCGUGACAAGGAUACAGCAUUAGUCUAUUUUGAACGUGCAGUUCAAGCUGCACCUCAAGACAGCCAUGUUCUUGCAGCAUAUGCUAGUUUUCUCUGGAAAGUCGAAGAUUUUGAGGAUGAAGAUGGAAAACAUGAAAUUCAGAGUGACAUGGAAAAUCAAAAGACCGAACUUUUGAACUCCUCCAAAGAAACAAGCGAUCCAAUCAGCCAAGUUUCAGUUCUUUCAAGUAGACAGGAGACUGAUGCAGCACAAAUUACAGCAGCUAAUUGUGGUGAAGAAAGUAAUUUUGAAGAUUAUUUUCAGAAGAUGAUUGAUGAAAAUCCAAACAAUCCUUUGUUUCUGAAAAAGUAUGCUCAGUUUCUGUUGCAGUCCAAGAGAGAUCAUCAAGCAGCAGAGGAUUACUACUCACGUGCAAUAGUAGCUGAUCCCAGUGACGGUGAAAUGAUAUCAGAAUAUGCCAAACUAGUAUGGGAACUUCAUCAUGAUGAGGAAAAAGCUUCAUCUUUAUUUGAGCAAGCAGUUCAGGCUACUCCUGGGAAUAGCAAUGUUCUGGCAGCAUAUACGUCCUUUCUCUGGGAAACAGAUGAUGGGGAAAGCUGAAAUUUAGAGGCAGAGCCAUUUUCAAGUGAUAUUCUGCAGAAAAAUGUGCCAAAUAAAUGCUUGUGGUUGCUGGUGA